UCUUCAUCAUGCUGCUUCAAGCGACAAGAAUCUGUCCACGCACAGCGGUGCCGGCCGCCCAGUCGGCCUGGAGAAGAGGUCUCCAGGAGCAUACGUCAUGCAUACGCUCCUCUCCUUGGUCAUGUUGUCAGCUCUUUAGUCAUGACAGCCAGGACGGUGCCCUUGUUCGCUUGAGCAAGCUGAUGUCCCAGCAAGGUAUCUGCUCGCGUCGCGAAGCCGAUAGCUACAUUCAGAAUGGUGGCGUCCGCGUCGACGGUCGCUUCGUGACAGAACUGGGGACAAAAGUGCAUCCGUCGUCGAGGAUCGAGCUCACGCGGGACGCCAAGGAGCACUUGACUGCCAAGGUCACUGUUCUCUUGAACAAACCUCUGAACUGGGUGUCGUCCCAGCCGGAAGACGGCCACGAGCCUGCCAUCAAGCUGUUAACUCCUGUCAACGAGUGCAAGGAACUGAGCAUUCGUCAGCCUCCAAACCUGGAAUCCAAGGUCGGCAAAUAUGGCCCGCUGUCGCUGCCCAAGAUGGCCGUGUGCGGUCGGCUGGACGUCAACUCGACGGGGCUGCUGCUCUUCACGCAAGAUGGCGCGCUCGCCAAGCAAAUCCUAGACCCCAAUGGCGACAUCGAAAAGGAAUACCUCGUGCGGGUAAACUUGGUGCUCGACGAAUCGACGCGGACUACAAAGACCAUGAUCCAACGACUUCGCGACGGCAUCACAAUCGACAAGGUGGUGUUCCAGGCUAAGAGCGUGGAAGUGAUCAACGACAACCAGAUGAGGAUCGUGCUGACCGAAGGCAAACACCGCCAGAUCCGCCGCAUGUGCGAACAGGUGGGGCUCAAAGUCGUGGCCCUCAAGCGCGUGCGCAUCGGCAACAUCAAACUGCGCAGCCUUCCCGUCGGCCAAUGGCGGUACCUCCAGCCGUUCGACAAGUUGAUGUAAUUUUUAACCAAUCACGGCAACGUCUGCCUUGUGCUUCUUAGACUAUGCUCGACUGCUUCGA